AUGCUCCUUCGUCUGCUGCUGCUGAGCAGCGCUCGCUGUGACCUUCUCAGCAUCUCCCGAACAAAUGCCAGUUGGCGGCGUCCUAACCCCAUUGCCAAAAGGGCAGAAUCAGCACUGAACAAGUUUUCCCCUACCCAUCAGGAAGUCAAUAAUGCUGGUGCAAAUGAUAGCCUGGGGAAGGUGGAAGAUGAAACCAUGGAAGGUUUAAAGGAAAUGGGAGCGUUUGGAUUGCAAGUUCCUGUUGAACUUGGGGGUUUGGGACUCAGCAAUACUCAGUAUGCUAGACUGGUGGAGAUUGUUGGUCUUCAUGACCUUGGAGUGGGCAUUACCCUUGGGGCUCAUCAAUCCAUUGGUUUCAAAGGAAUCUUAUUGUUUGGCACUAAUAAGCAGAAGAAGAAAUAUUUGCCUGACCUCGCUUCAGGUAAAACAAUAGCUGCCUUCUGCCUCACUGAAACAGCCAGUGGAUCCGAUGCAGCUUCUAUAAAAACAACUGCUGUGAAGGAGGGUGAACACUACAUUCUGAAUGGGGGCAAACUCUGGAUUAGUAAUGGGGGCAUGGCAGAGAUCUUCACAGUAUUUGCAAAAACUGCUGUGAAAGAUAAACACACUGGAAAAGAGAAGGACAAGAUCACAGCAUUUAUUGUGGAGAGAAAAUUUGGAGGGGUGACUCACGGUCCUCCUGAAAAGAAGAUGGGAAUCAGGGCUUCUAAUACAGCUGAGGUUUACUUUGACAAUGUGAGGGUGCCAGCAGAAAAUGUGCUGAGUGAGGUUGGGAAUGGGUUUAAAGUAGCCAUGAACAUACUGAACAAUGGUCGAUUCGGUAUGGCUGCUGCUCUCUCAGGCACGAUGAUUGGUGCGAUUUUCAAAGCAGUAGACCAUGUUGCCAAUCGAACACAAUUUGGUAGCAAGAUUCACCAAUAUGGCCUCAUUCAAGAGAAAAUUGCAAAUAUGGCUAUGCUGCAGUAUGUAACUGAGUCGAUGGCUUAUACAGUCAGUGGUAAUAUGGAUGCAGGCGCGAAUGAAUUCCAGAUUGAAGCUGCAAUUAGCAAAGUCUUUGCUUCAGAGGCUGCCUGGUGUGUGACUGAUGAAUGUAUCCAGAUCCUAGGAGGCAUGGGAUAUAUGCAGGAAACAGGUAUAGAAAGAGUGAUGAGAGAUCUGCGCAUCUUCCGUAUUUUUGAGGGCACCAAUGACAUUCUCCGAUUGUUUAUUGCACUAACUGGUAUUCAAAAAUCUGGAGAUUACUUUAAAAAACUGCAAAUGAUCAUGAAGAAUCCAUUGAGUAAUCCUGGAACACUAAUGGAGCAAGUCUUCAAAAGAGCUAAGCGAAAACUGGGCAUGUCCAGUGGUCUAUCACUAAGGAAUGUAAUACAUCCUGAUCUGACGGCGAGUGGGGAUUUGGUGGUGAAAGCUGUUGACCACUUCGGAACAUCUAUUGAAGAGCUGCUAUUGAAAUACAGAAAGGAAAUAAUAGAUCAGCAGUUUUUAUUGAAGAAAGUUGCUGAUGCAGCCAUUGAUAUUUAUGCCAUGACUGUGGUCAUCUCCAGGGCAUCUCGCGCUCUCAACAAAGGGAUCCCAUCAGCUCAACACGAGAAAAUUCUCUGUGAAACCUGGUGCCUUGAGGCAUUUGCUCGUAUAACCAACAAUCUGAAUGCGCUAAAGUCUGAGCCCAGCAUGCAGGUCAUCAACAACAUGAAGGCUAUAUCAAAAGAGCUUGUGGCCAAGGGGGGAGUUGUGGCAAAUCAUCCACUUGGAUUCUAAGCGUUAGGUCUUUGGGCAAUUUUUUUAAAGCAGUUGAAUUCUUGGUGCACCUCACAAUAAAUUCAGGUUGAGCCCUCUUGAGCAAGACCCAUACAUGUUGCGACUAGCCAAAUAAAGGUUCAAAAGUUUUCUUUUGCAAAUUUAGCCUGCUAAGCCUGUCUUGAAUCUGCAGGACAUUUGAUUUUGCUUCGUAAGCAUGCAGUUUUCCUUUCCUGACUUGGCUGUUCAUUUCAAGAUCCGGACUGUGGGAACGAACAGCCUACUGAUGAAUCAGUCGCUGAUUCUGUGCUCCUGGAGAAUCAUGAAGACAAGUGAUGCUGAUUGAAGUUAUUUAUUAAAGACUUCUGUAUGUUUGAGAUCGGAAAAAUUGUGACAAUGCUAGUUCCCUUUUACGAAUUUCUGCAAAUUUGAACCUUGAAGUUGCACAUUUGUCCACAAUAGUUUUUUUGCUGUCAGAGCAUUAGGGGUGACCGAUGGUGAAAGUCAGAUGGUGAAGUUAAGUUCAAAAUACUGGCAACAUUCAGAUAUCAAUAUCAGUAACAUAACUGGGCUUUAAUUAGUGUACAUAUGAAGCCUGCUUUAACAGCUUUUGAUGCCACCCAAGCCUCUUGAGUAUAUUAUACAGCCAUCUGUUAUUCUUUAUACAGUAGAGCAUUAACAUGCUGUUAAAGCAACAAUAAGCAUGUUUUGACAAGUUCAGCAGCCUUGUGAUCAGGAGGUUCGCAAAUACAUUUAAUGAGACCCAAGGGAACAAAUUUAAUAUGGCAAUGGUGUUCUGAGAGGAAUAUUCAACUCACUGAAUUAUUUUUACCUACUAUAUGAAGAAUUUCUGUGUCAGAUGUUUAUCACACUAUUUGAUGUUUCACAUAAUAAAAGAAGUAUUGGAGAGGAAACUCUUCCAAUUAGUGACCAUAGCCACUUUGUCCUUAGCAGCCAUUUGGUACCAGCUCAAAAUGCCAUAUGCACAUUGCUGUAGGUUGGAAUCAUACAGGAGUCCAGUGUCGCGAUUCUCCACUGUGGUCACUCCCUUGCCAUUGUCUUCUUUUCUAAUUUGCUCUUUUCAGCAGGCAAGAAGGGCAUUGGCCAACACUGGCAAGCUCCUUUAUAUUAGCAGAUCAGGCACCGUGAUGUCAUGCUAUUUCAACCCGUGCAGCAAAGAUAGGUGUACCUGUGCCAGAAGAGGAUUUGGGGCCAGAAGAGGCCCAAACAGGAAAGGACAGCCUUUUGCCACAAACAUUGCAUUCCUGUAACCAGCUGCUACUUCCUGCCAGUUUUGGUUGGGCAAAUGACUGGGGCAUGCCGAUGAGGCCUGAGAGUUAAAAUUGCCUGGAUCUACACACUACUGAGAUUCGGACAGUUUGCUCAAUUCUCACCCUUAGUUUAACUCAGUUUUGGGUUUACCUUGUUUUAAUUUUUUCCCCCUAAUUUUAGUUAGCAGUAGAAAGUAGGGCAACAUCAUCUUUAUUGAAAGCUGGUGAGGCUACUCUCCAUAAGUGGAAGAGAUUUCAUUCGACUUACUUUCCCCUGCAGAGAUAAAAGGACUACAAAUUGAAUAGUGUAGGACAUUAGAUAUUGGAGAAGUACUAUGUAUUCUAGAAAGAGGUUCUCUUUUAAUAGUGGAUUAUUUGGUCAUUACUAUAAAUCUUUCUGGGAGAGAGAUGGGGUCUGUUCCUAAGUAUUAGCCUUGACUCAAUGAUUGCUCUCUCACCACUAUGUCAAGUGGUUGUGGGUUCAAGUCCCAUUCUAGUCUUGGCCAUGACAUCAAUGUUGCACUGAGCAAGUGCUGCACUGUUGGGGGUGAUUUCUUUUGGAUGAGAUAUUAAAUUGAGGCCCUGUCUUCCCUCUCAAGUGAGGAUAAAAAAUCCCACUCUUUGAAGAAGAGUGUGGGAGCUCUCCUGGUAUCCUGGCCAACAUUUAUCCCUCAACCAGCAUUGUCUGGUCAUUUAUUUAAUUGCUAUUUGAUCUUGCUUUGUGCAUUUUGGUUGUCAGGUUUCCCUAUAUUGCAACAGUGACGGCACUUUGAAAGUACUUCAAUAGCUGUGAAUCAUUUUGGGGCAUUCUGAAGUUAUGAAAGACAUUAUGACAACAUAAGUUCUUCCUUAAUUAGGAUCUAGAAGCUUGAGUUCAGUAGCUCCAUUUUAUUGAUCAGCUUAUACAGAAAUCGCUGGAUUUAAAAACAAAAUAGCAACUUUUUUGUUCAAAAAGAAACACUUCAUCUAUUUGAUGGUGGGACACAGGCUGAGAUGGAAAUGACAUUGCAAUAACUGACACCUGCCUUAGUUUUUCUGUUUUGAAACAUAGUGGAAGGGCAUCAGUGAUUCUUCUCUCUUUAUUUUUUCAUGGGAUCCGGGCAUCACUGGCAAGGCAGCAUUUGUUGGCUAUCCCUAACUGAACUGAUUGGCUUGCUAGGCUAUUUCAGAGGGAAGUGGAGAGUCAACCACUGUACCGCACAAUUGGUAUAGCAAUGGAAAACUACUGUUGACUCGAAAUAUCAGUCUCCUGUGUAGCGUGAUCUUACUGUUUGUCUGAUCAGUGCUGUUUGUCUGAUGCCUCUUUAUAUUAACACCUGCCUAUGUUCAGGAAGAAAACAUCAAAUCAGAAUCAUGUGGUGAAUGUCAUUUCAUUUGGAGUUGUGUGUUUUAUAAAAAGCAAAACAUGUAUUAGAAUUUUAUGUUUGUAGAAAAUAUGCUAAAGAGUUGUACAUCA